AUGAUUGGGGUCCAAAGUCGUGGUGGUCGGGCCCUGGAGCUGCUCAAUCACGCUGGACCAUCAACGAGGCGUCACAUCGCUUCCUCGGCUCGGAGAUCGGCAAAAGUGGUCAAUCACUAUGAAGCCCUCAAAUUGCCAAAGAACGCCACGAAGCAGCAGGUGAAAGCAAGGUUCUACGAGUUGUCGAAGAAAUACCAUCCUGACACGGCCGGAGGUGAUAUCAGCCGGUUUCACAGCAUCAAUGAUGCCUAUGCUACUCUAGGUGACGAUUCCAAGAGGAAGCAAUACGACCAAUCUCAAUCUCAGCCAUCCUCGGGCUAUGGAAACAACCCAUAUGCCUACGGCUCAUCCCCUCUCAGACCACAAGCUCAAGGUCCUCAUCGAUCAUGGGGCCGAGCGGCCCCUCGGCGGACAACCGGACCAGCCACCUCUGGCGCACAUUACAGCCCUUUCGGCCGCAGGACGCCCGAAUACGGUGCCGCCUCAGGAUCGUCGGCGUACGCACGGACUGGCACAGAUCCGUUUGGCCGGCCAGUCUUCUCCAGGCGCAAAGGUCCAGCUGUAGAGAGGGAUGACGAGGAGAAGGGAGAGAGCGGGCUGUGGCGAUUUGGAGUGGUGGUGGGGCUGUUAUUGGCGGUGGUAGGGUUUGGAGGCGGUUUGACGGCGAGUGCCGAUACGGGGCAGAGGCAUAGGGAGAGACCGCCAAAGGAGCGGUAA